UGAAAUCCUAGUCCAAUGUGGUCACUGCUCUCCUCUCAUCUUCUUCCGCUCGACCUUUUCUUGAUUUUUCACUCUCCUCUCUGUAAAGUGCCCUCAGUACUCUCCAAUUGUCGGCCUUUAUUCUCAAAUCCCAGAUCCUCUCAAUUUUAUUUUUGCCAAGUUUAUUAAUUAUUACUGACACUACCCAAAAGGGUCCAAAAAAUCUUGAUCAUAAUCCAGCCAGCAUAGACACAGUCACUGGUUCAACUAUACCACUACGGCACUACCUCUAUAUACGUUUCACACACAACUCCCAAUCAAUAUUCAGAAAUUCACCCAAGAGUGAUUUAUUUUAUGGGAUUAUUCAUACCUUCUUCUCUUUCCACUUUAUACAUCAUUUUAGAGCAGUUUGUGUGUAGUUGCGUUUCUCCGUGAGGCUACUCUGCUGGUUUUGGAAGUUUAGUUAACAGCCCAGAUCAGAUUUUAGUCAGUUGUAGCCCGUGAAGAUCAAAGCUCACGUUUUAUUUGCAGGGAGCUCUUUUGUGAUUUCUCAAGCAAAAUAUGGCUUCUAAGCAUCACUUAUUGGGCAGCAGAGGACGGAGCCCUGUAUCCAUAUUUGUUGUACUUGGUCUGUGCUGUUUCUUUUACUUGCUUGGAACAUGGCAAAAGAGUGGAUUUGGAAAAGGAGAUAGACUAGCAAUGGAAAUAACCAAGCGCACAGACUGCACUGUUUUCCCGGCUCUGGACUUUGAAUCACAUCACAAGCAAGAGCCACCUGUUGAAUCUUCUGAGCCGAAAGCCAAAGUCUUUGAGCCGUGUGAUGUUCGAUACACUGAUUAUACUCCUUGUCAAGAACAAGACAGAGCAAUGACCUUCCCAAGGGAGAAUAUGAUAUAUAGAGAGAGGCAUUGUCCGCCAACAGAAGAAAAGCUGCAUUGUCUUAUUCCAGCACCCAAUGGAUGGACAACUCCAUUUCCAUGGCCAAAAGGCCGUGACUAUGUCCAUUAUGCUAAUGUUCCUUACAAACACUUGACAGUUGAGAAGGCUGUGCAGCAUUGGGUAGAGUUUCAGGGUAACGUGUUUAAAUUUCCUGGAGGAGGAACGAUGUUUCCACAGGGUGCUGAUGCAUAUAUUGACGAACUUGCAUCAGUGAUUCCAAUAAGCGAUGGAUCCAUCAGAACAGCACUGGACACUGGUUGUGGAGUUGCAAGCUGGGGUGCUUACUUGAUGAAGAGGAAUGUUUUGACAAUGUCAUUUGCACCAAGGGACAAUCAUGAAGCACAAGUACAAUUUGCAUUGGAGCGAGGUGUGCCUGCUUACAUUGGGGUUCUAGGGUCAAUACAGCUGCCAUUCCCAUCAAGAGCAUUUGAUAUGGCACAAUGUUCUCGGUGUCUGAUACCAUGGACAGAAAAUGAGGGUAUGUAUCUAAUGGAAGUUGAUAGAGUUCUCAGACCUGGUGGCUACUGGAUCUUGUCUGGUCCUCCAAUUAAUUGGAAGACCUAUUACCAGACCUGGAAGCGUUCUAAAGAAGAUCUCAAAGCCGAGCAAACUAGGAUUGAAAAGCUGGCUGAACUUCUUUGUUGGGAGAAAAAAUAUGAGAAAGGAGAUGUUGCCAUCUUCAGGAAGAAAAUAAACUCCAGAUCAUGCGGGAGGAAGUCUGCCAAUAUGUGUGAAUCUGGAGAUGCUGAUGAUGUGUGGUAUAAGAAAAUGGAAGCAUGCAUAACUCCUUCGCCUGAAGUAAAAAGUGUUGCUGAAGUGGCUGGUGGAGAGUUGAAGAAGUUUCCAGCUAGGCUCUUUGCUGUGCCUCCCCGAGUUGAAAAGUUGAUGGUCCCAGGAGUGACAGUUGAAUCUUAUGAGGAGGAUAAUAAACUAUGGAAAAAACAUGUUAGUGUGUACAAGAAGAUCAACAGCUUACUGGGCACCACAAGAUAUCGAAACAUAAUGGAUAUGAAUGCAGGCCUUGGAGGUUUUGCCGCAAAUUUGGAAUCACCAAAACUAUGGGUAAUGAAUGUUGUGCCCACUAUAGCUCAGAACACUCUGGGCAUCAUAUAUGAGAGAGGUCUGAUCGGCAUGUAUCAUGACUGGUGUGAAGGCCUCUCUACUUACCCAAGGACAUAUGACCUCCUUCAUGCUAGUGGCUUAUUCAGCUUGUACCAGGAUAAGUGUGAAUUUGAAGAAAUCCUCUUGGAAAUGGAUCGUAUUUUGCGGCCUGAAGGGACUGUGAUCAUCCGUGAUGGAGUCGAUGCCUUGAAUGAGGUGAGAAAAAUUGCUGGAGGAAUGAGAUGGGAUAUAAAAUUGGUCGAUCAUGAAGAUGGACCACUUGUGCCCGAAAAGAUAUUCGUUGCAGUCAAACAAUACUGGGUUGGCAGCGCAGGAAAUAGCACAACAGACGAUGCAUAAACCAUGUAGAUUGUUGGAUAUACAAGGCAAGCUAACAGUUGCUGCAAAGCAGAAACUAUACAGCUACACUUGGAGAUUUCUAAUAUCUUAAAACUCUUUUAAACACUGGAUUCCAUAGAUUGCAGAUUUACUUGUGCAACUUUCAUUAUAGAGCAUUUUUGGCUGAAUGUUCUGGUCUGUCUUGGAGGGCCGGCUGAGCGAAUGUCAUAGCCCCUCAAAAAGUGGAGCAAGAACUGCUCAGUAAAACUGUGAUAUCUACUUGCUUUAGCUUAAUUAGCUAGAGCAACAAUUAGUGAUUAAUGACUAGCUUCAUUUGAACAAUUAUUAAUCUCCCUGUUUAUUGUU